AUGCAAGAACAAGAAUCGAGAAGGGCAGGAGGCUUCUCAUCUUUUUAUUAUUCGGAAGGAGGCUCUAACAACAACACGAACUCGAAUCAUCAAGAGAAUGGAGGAACUUCACAAUUGAGUGGAUCUUAUCAUGGAAGAGGAUUAAGAAUUUCGGGAAUUUCAUAUUUUACUCCUGUAUCAGCUGCAACAAGUCAAACACCAAUGACAUGUUCAUCGGAGCCAUAUUCCUACACUUAUGAUCCAGUAAGGGGAGGAUUUUUGUCAACAAACGAAGCACGUGAUGGAUGUGGAUUAGGAAGUGGUGCCUAUACAGCAGCUAUGAAUCGAUUGGGAGAACAAACACAAUGGAAACGACAAACAGAAUCAGAGGCCAAUUGUUGUUCGAGAUGCAGUGCAUGCUCAUCUUCCAAGGACACUCCAAAAUGGCAGUUGUCACGAGAAGAAAUAGAACUAAAAAACAAUGCAGUUCAAGGACGGGAUUUAUUGGAAAGGUAUAAGAUUCAAGAUGAAAAGCAAUUUCGGCCGUACUCUCCCGAUACUAAAUCGUUGCUUUCAGGAUUAGUGGGAUACAAGGGUGAAUCUAUUGACACUUCAAGACCUAGUUACAAGUCAUACCGAUCUUCUGAAUUCACGAAAAUUGACACAGCUCCUUAUGAGAAGCAAUUCGACACCGAUAAAGAAAAUAAUCAAGGUUCAUAUUUUCAUCAACAUAACACCUACCCAAAAAGCAAAAAACCAUACGAAACACAUACCAUAUACAUGAAUACCAAUCCAAUUUCUAUCAAAAGUGUCACCCUUAAUUCAAAAUACGAUCCUGCAGCAAGGUAUGAACGAAAUCCUGAUGAACCAAAUAAUUUCUUCAAGAGAGUACGAAUGGGCCGACUAUAUGCAGACAAAACCCCUUGGGAAUAUUAUCUGCACUAUGACGAGAAUGAUCACGCUCGAGACUCGUACCAAACAUUAAAAACAAGAAUGGACGAGUACAAUUCCAAAAUACAAAGUAAGGAAAACAGAAAAAACCAGAUUGUCAUGGACACGGACGAGUUUCGAAAGAUGGUUGAUAAUUUAACAAAGAAAAAUGUUUCAUCACAAGAGACUCAAACUUCUGAAGAUUUGGGAGAGAAUAACAUGGAUGUUCCCACGAAAUCCAGUUUACCAUCGCCAGUGGUGAUUCCCUCAGCAAUGAACGCUCAAACAAUGGUCAUGGAAGAGGAGCUCACAAGUUCAACUGCAGGGUCAUUCUCAAAAGGUUCUCUCCCCAAACAGAAAAACAAAAAGAAAAAAGAAAGCAAGAAGAAUAAUUAUUCCUCAACCACAACAAGGUCUGACCUUGUUUCCUCACCUGGUUGUUCAAUAACCACUGCAACGAACCGACGAAAAUCACCUUCAACUGCGCCACCAACCUCCACUCCCACCUCACGACUGAAUCAGCUAAGCGACGCAGAGAUUCCCAAAUCCAAACAUCCACGUGUGAUCACUGCAAAAUCCUCUCACUCCAAGAAAUCCAAACAGGACUUGACAAAGAAAUCGGAUGGUAAAACCAAGACCCUCACAAAGCCUGAAAGAAUUAACACAACCAGUAGCUAUUAUUCAAAUUGUUCUUCCUCUUCGUCGAUCAAUUCAAAGUCCACCAGGAGCUCUCUGAUAACGGAAGUUCCCCCAACAAAGAAUCAUGGAAGAAAGAAUCCUGUCUCAUCGAGUUCAGACAAUCGCUUCAUGAAAUCCAUGAAACGAAUACAAAGUGCUAAAAAGAAAGCAGAAACAGUUGACAAGUAUAUCCAUUUGCUUGCAUCUCCAGAAAAACAACUAGUAAGGCAAAGAAUGGAUAGCAGCAGUAGACAUUCAUCUCCAUCUUCAAAAUCUACAAAAUCCGUUUGUUCUUCUUCAAUGACAACAACAUCUGCACGUUUAAAUGACGAUCUAAAUUCAAGCCAAUUUUCAAAAGAAUAUGACGAAAUUUGUUCAGUACUACCUUCAACAGUUUCAACCGCAGUUGCCACAUCUAAGACAGUUCAGAAAUGUUUCGAUGAUGUUCUAAAGUAUUUUGAAAAACACAAGUUUGAUUCUGCACUUAAAGAAAAUGCGUCAGAUUUGGAAGAUGUCACCCUCUCUGAAUUUAGUGAAGACACAGACAUUUUAGCGAAAUAUCAUUCCAGUGACUAUGAAGACCAAGAGGAAGGCGAAGCUUUAGAGGAUAUUAGCGAAAUUUCAGAGGACGACAGCUAUGACGAAUUCACUCAAGACACUGAAAACUUAAUGUUAAAUGCAAGCAGUUUGUCCAUAUCGUCGAAUUGUUCGAUCGACACAAUUUCAAUGUCUUCCUCAAGAGAUGAUCUUUCUCUUGUUAUUUCAAGAAACUUGUGA